AUGUCCUCCUCCAGCUCCUCAAGUGAUCCACCCAUGGAUAUAGUGGAAGGGGGCAUUGGCCACUCUGGCCAGGAUGAAGGAGAAGCAAGUGGGAGAAGCAAGAAGAAGCAAAGAAAGCCUAGAAUGUUAAAAGCAGUAUGUCCUGGGAGGAAGAAUAAAUACGCUGACAGCUUUGGUGCAGAGGAGAAUACAGUACUGGUAAACAAGCUUUGCCAGUACUACCAAUGUAUGUUUGGGGGAACAGCCAAAAAGGCUUCAAGAGCAAAGAAGAACAGUCUGUGGAGGAAGAUUGUGGCAGCGGUGAAUGCUGUUGGAGGGAACAACCGCACUGAAUACGUGGUGAAGAAAUGUUACUACGACAUCAGGCGGAUGGUGAAGAGGAAGGUGAAGAAGGCAGCAGCUGCCUCCAGGAAGACAGGAGGCGGUUCACAAGAGCAAGAACCGGACCUGCUGCCCUAUGAAGAGGAGCUCCUGCAGUUCCUGGGAAGAGAUAACCUCAUUGGGAUUGAGGGGACAACUGGCGCUGAAACAUCUGAAGUGCAAGCCCCUCAAUCCCCAGAAGAGGCACCAGGAACUGCAGGAGAUGCUGUCUCCACGGAGAGUAGGGUAGCAGGUUCAACUCCUGUCUCCCUGGAAAUGCACCUGGCUUCACUUUCCUCUCACCAUCCGCAACUUGUCGACGUUCCUUCACCAUGUAUGAGUGUGGUUUCCCUCCAACAGCCGGCCACUGGUGUCCAGGAACAGGGAUCCACUGCUGAGCUUAAGUAA